UACGUCACGCUUUCUGACUGAAAUAUUGAGGUCAAAAUUUUUUGUAUAUUUUUUAAGCAAAAUAAAUAAAAAUAAUUAACGAAAUAUAGCCACUCAGAUGCAUAAGCUUUCGAAUGAAGCAAAAAAACUGCAUUAAAAAACAGAUUUUGGAAAGAGCAUGGAUUUUGAGAAUAGCAGAAGCAACAUAAAUAGCAGCAAUAAAGACGACGGGUACGCCAAAGAGCAGUUAAACCCACCAACAUUGGUCACGCUAGCCGCCAAGGCGUCAGCCAGAGUUAAGGUAUUACCAGUGAACAGCUUGGACAUAAGAACAACAGCAACAGCAACAACUCCAUCAACAGCAACAACACCAUCAAGAAUAACAACAUUAACACUUGCGGAAAGUGCCACUUCAACAGCAGCAGCACCAUCAAUGAGGCCAGUGGCGACAAUCAACCAAGCAGGCAUGGCUUUGUUGGCACCGGAGAACACUGAUAAAUCGCUUAGCCAAAAAUCCCUUGACUCCGAUUGCACGCUACAGUCUGACGAUCAGUCCGAAAGCAAUGUGUUCAAGGCACUCGUGGCCGCACAGUCAUCAGAUGAAAAAGUAUUUGCGAGCGUACAGACUUUAGACCGUAUUUUGCUGGCACAUUCGGAACAGACGAUAACGACGGCGCGUGUCGAGCUACUGGAUUCCAAUACAAGUCGAACGACGCGUGAACUGAUGCUGCAGGCUGGUAGCCAAGGCGUCACGAAGAGCUUAGCGGCGACUAGAGAUGCAGCGAUGGUAGCUGGAGCUGAAGGUGAGGGGGCGCGUGGUGUAAGCGGUAACGGUAACGGCGAAGGGUUGCUACAAACGACACCGACCGACUCGGUGCGUUCGAUUGGUUCGCUGGUCUGUCGCAUUUGCCAUAAUGCGGAGAAUCCCGAAAAAUUAGUUUCGCCAUGUUUGUGCAAGGGAUCGCUGACAUAUGUGCACAUUCAUUGCCUGGAACGUUGGAUUAGCACCUCGAGGAGCACCAUUUGCGAGCUUUGCCAAUUUCAAUACAACACCGAACAGACGCUGAGAUACACCUGCUUUCAAUCGCUACGCAUGUGGUAUUCCCGUUCAAUGAGCCGCCGUGCAUUGCAGGAAGACUGUCAAAUGUUUUCUUUACUCACUCUGGUCGCCUUUGGCAUCAUUGGAACUUUACUCGUUGGUAUUCAGUACUAUUUCCUACAGGGUGAGACCUGGGGAAUGAGCCGCGCAUGGACCAAGGGUUGGCUUAUAUUCUUUCUGUUCACAACGUUGACCAUAUAUUUCAUAAAUAUUUAUAUGAUACUUAAAUCGCAGUUGAGUCCCUGGUACAGGUGGUGGCAAUCGGCCCGUGACAUCAAGUUAAUAUUGGAAAAUCGCAAACCUUUCAAAUUUCGCCCCAAUCGACGUUUGCAAAAUCAUCAACUCGCACAGGAGCUUUCUAACAUGGCGCAACAACAACAACAACAACAACAGCAACAAAACGUUGACAAUACACCGCCAUCAUCAACCGCUGUGCCUCAGGCAGUACCCACAUCUACGCCUCAACAGCCUUACCAUCCAAAUCAGCCAAUAACUACAACCGCCACUGUCAGCAGUGUCCCCAUUCAUUACACCAGUACACCAAUACCAAUGCCACGAGCAAACAUUUAUCACCUGCCCAUGUGUAUUAAUAGCAUUGAGUUGCAACGCAGCGAGUAUUACGAGUAUGACGUUGACGAUGCCACCGUACGGUAUUGUGACAAAAGACCGCUGGUAAUGACGACCUGCAAGGGGACGGCGGUGGCGUUGCAUCGCAACAAACUAACAAACGCUGCUACAAUUGAGCUCGAAGGUCGCCUCUGCGAUUGGGGAACGAUACAGUAG